GCCCAACUCCCCUAUUAAAUAGUAAAUUGACCGCUGGAUGUUUUUAAUGGAAUUGCACGUUCAAGCUGCCUGGAAGAUCUCCUGCAAAAGACUUUAUAUUGUUCAAGGGUUUCUCCAUGAACAACCUGAACGAUCCUCCUCGAUGGAACAUUAGACCGGAGGCCGCUGGAGGAGAAGACGGGGGCAGAUGGAACUACGCGCUGCUGGUGCCCAUGAUCGGGCUCGCGGCGUUUCGUUGGAUAUGGACUCGAGAAUCACAGAGCCAGAUCCAAGAUGUGAAGAGCAAGUACGACAGGGAUAUGGCAGCCAUUACCAGAGACCUGGAGCUGAAGUACAGGGAGACGCUGACGGAAAACCGGCGGACAGCAGCACACCUGGAGGUGGAGCUUGAGAAGGAGCGCCAACGUGUGCAGGGCUACAAGAAAGCCCUGAUCUCUCAGAGUCAGCAGCUCAUGGAGGAACGGAAGCAGCUUCAUCAGGAACGGCAGGAUCUGGAGGAAGAGAAGACCCGUCUGCUGCGGUCUGGAGUGGCCGAGGCGGUGCUGAGGAAAGCCCUGCAGCGAGAGGAGGACUGGCGUCGCAGGGCUCAGGCUCUGCUGCAGGAACUGGAGGUGAAGCUGGUGGAGAGGCAGGAAGCUUUCUGCAGCAUCCUGUUGCCACGAGAACAUCGUCUGGAGAUGGAGAAGAACCUGCUGCUAAAGGUGGCUAAAGACCCGGCGGGUGCCGAGCUGAACCUAGAGGAAGAUCUCAGGGACAUUUUUAAGAAUGACAGACACUGUGCAGAUUUGCUGAACAUGGAUAAGCGUAAGAAUGGGAGUUUGAUGUGGCUGUACCUCAGGUACUGGCAGCUCCAGGUCACCCUGCAGAAACACAAGAGGGCAGAAGAGGCUCUGAAAGGGGCCUCGCCAAACUCCAGCAGACCUUCAGGAGUGUAGAUCUCUAUUUAAAACAAUAAGUAUUUUCUUCCUUAAAUGUUGUCCUUUGCUUAUCCAAGGUAUCCCUGUUAUUUACUUGUCAGCUAUUUAUGAUGCCAAAUGUUCUUGUGAAACCACUUGAGCCUUGAGUCUUCGACAAUCAUAUCAGAACAUAAGAGUGUAUAUUUUGUUGGGCAGAUUCCGGUUUUCGUUUUCUUGGAUUAAGCAGAAAGCAGAUAAAUCAAAUUCUUUUUUAUAUUUGCUGCAUUACUAAUAAGCUUUAUUGGACAAUUUAUUUAUUUUCACUCUAAAGAUGGUUCAUAACUAAUAUGUACCACAGAAAGUAAAAAUAAGGUUGGACAUGUGUAAUAAAUACGUUUUCUGACAACAAAGAAUAUA